AUGGAACCUCAGCCCUACAGGAUGCAACCUCAGAAUUAUGUACCCUACAAGAUGGUAACCCAAAGGAGGAGACCUUCCAAGAAGAGUUGGGAUCGGGAGAUGAGAGAAUUAUUCUGCCAAUUUACGCCAACAUCUCCUUCAGUGGUUAUCACCUUCAGUGAAAACCAACCUCGAUUGUACAAAAUUUGGGAUAUUAGUCAGAAGUUCCUCUUACUGAUGAACAACAUACUGGUAGCAGGCCCAAAAACGUCCAAUUCACCAGAACAGUUAAUUUCCGUGCUUCCCAAUAUCACCCUAGAUCCAAAAAGGCAGCCCAUCUUUAUGGGUCUCAGUGAUGCGACACAGACCUUGUCCUGUGUGAAAUCUAAUGAUGGUCCUCCUCAUCUACAGUUAGUGAAGGAAAACAUAGUGGAGCUUUAUAAAAAGAAGGAGCCAUCUUUAAGCUCUACUUUCUUCAGUAGGACUAGUGGCAACCAAGAAACUUGCUGCUUUGAAUCUGCAGCUUUCCCAGGCUGGUUCAUCAGCACCUCCACGGAGCCAAACAGGCCUAUUCAUUUGAGUCGCGAAGGAGGCGCUGACAUCAACGUCUUUUAUUUCGAAAGAAAACAAUAG